GAUGCCGGCAGUAUUUGAAGUUGCUGAGUUGGCUGAAGAUUUGGAUGAAGAGAAAAAUUGGGAACCUGUUGAACCGUGUCUGAAAUACAAACCACUAAAGCAUGGUUUAUGCGAUAUAACCGCUAUGGAUUCCAUCAGUUGUGUUGCAGUACACGAAAAAUUUAUUGCAGUUGGAACUGAAUGGGGACGCGUACAUCUCCUAGAUCAUAGUGGUUUUCCAGUUGAAAAUGGAAUACAUAGUGUGCAUAGUACAUCUGUUAAUCAUAUCAGUAUAUCGGAACAAGGUUAUUACAUUGCAAGUUGUGGAGAUGAUGGACGUUUAGUUAUAUACAAUUUAUCAUCGUCAGAAUCUAAUCAAGUUGUUAAUUUCGAUCAUGCUCUUAAAGCGGUUGCUCUUGCUCCUGAUUUUGAAAAAUCCCGUAAUGUUGCCGUUGGUUUCAAAAAGAUAUGUCUCCUUUCAAAAGGUGUCUUUACUAAAUCGAAACAUGAAGAACUUGCUAACGUCAAUGGUUGUGUAAGAACUAUCAAAUGGCGUAGUGAAUUCAUCCUUUGGGCUGAUGAUAAGUGUAUAUGUGUUUAUGAUGCUCGGGAUCAUCGUCCAAUUACGUUCAUCCAGUAUGCUAAUCAAAAUGUUGAACCAUCAUCAUCAUCGUCGUAUAGUGGUCCUACUGUCUGUUGUCUUUCUUGGUGUACAGAUAAUUGUUUUUUAAUUGGUCGGGGGGAAUCAAUACGAAUUUGUCAAAUUAUGGAACGUAAUUCUAAUCCUGAUCGUUCAUUACACUCUAGUCGUUCUUCAUUCAGUCAUCAAUCUUCACAAAGUUUAACAACAACAGCAUCAGCAACGUCUGAUGCUCGAAUUGGUUUGCUUAAUCGUUAUGUGGAAAUUGUUUAUCAGCUUAAUAUGAAUGGAGUUAUUAUUCAUAGUAUAUCUCGACAUCAAGCUUGCAUUUUAUUAUUAUAUACUAGUAAAGGAAGAUGUACUCCACAAGAAUAUGAAAUAUGUGUUUUAGACGUUGAUUUUGAUGUUGGUACGCCUGACUCUGCACUUGGUACACAACAAUACAAGGAAAUUUAUCAUGAAAAGCUACCUAUUCAGUCUACUGAUUCGUCAUAUUCUAUUGGUUUAGCUAGUGUGCCUCAUGAAAAUACACAUUAUAUUUUUUCUAAAAAAGAACUCAUUUGUGCUCAGGAGUUAACUCUUGAUGAUCGUAUUGAUUGGUUCCUUGAAAAUAAUUUAUUUCUUAAAGGACUUCAAGCAGCUCAACAACAUCCACGUUUACUUAGUCGACAUACAAUUCAAUCUGUUGGUAUCACAUAUGUGGAUCAUCUGCUAAGUGAACGUAAAUUCGAUGAAGCUGGAAAACUUUGUUCAGAAGUUUUAUCUACUAAAGAUGCUUGGGAAGAGCAUGUUCAAAAAUUCCAUAUUCUUGGUCAUUUGGAGGCUAUUGUUCCAUAUCUGCCAGUUGGUGUUGAAGAGAAAUCUGUAAAACUCAACAUGUCUACAUAUGAAUUAGUUUUAUUCGAUUAUAUGAAACGAAUUCCUAUUGAAUUUUUUCAUUUAUUAACUAACUGGUGUAGAUUAUGCGUUGUUAAUAUUAAUGAGAAUUUUAUACACACAUUAUUAGACUGUAUUGAACAGCGUAGUUCACUAUCUGAAGCUAUUGAUAUAAGCAAAUUGGAUUUAGAUGUUCAAGCUUUGUAUCAUAGUUUAGCAGUUGCAUAUGAACAAAUGGGAUCCUAUGAACAGGCGAUAAAUAUUUUAAUUCGUUUACGUGAUUCACAAGUUUUCACUCUUUUAAAACGUAAUUCUAUGAAACUUAAAGAUCGAAGACUCAUCGAUAUACUUAAAGAUCAUUUAGUUCAUUUUAUGGAAUUAGAUUCAACGAAAGCAAUUUAUAUGCUAUUGGAUCAUAUUGAUCAUGUUUCGUUUUUGGAUAGUGUAUAUUCCAGAUAUCCACAAAUAGUUUAUCCAUAUUUAACUCAUCUUAUAUCAUUAUACAUCAAAUUUUGUCGUAAUAAACUAUUGCCAUUAUUACGAUCAACAGACAAAUAUCCAUUAAGUGAAGCUUUAAGCUUAUGUGAACGUGCUAAACUUGUCCCAGAAACUGUAUACUUAUUAACUAGAGUUGGUAGACGUCAUGAUGCUUUACAAUUAAUUAUGACACGGGGCGGUGAAGAUUUAUCAAGUGGUAAACCAACUACACAAGAACAAUGUCAAGCUAUAGCUGCUGCAAAAGCAAUUGAAUAUUGUCGAGAAGAAGAUGGUAUUCAUACAAAAAGUAAACGUCAUUUUCAUCGACAUCUGGGCAAUUCUAGUUUUGAAAAAGAUGGCGAUGAAGAUGAAGGUGAUGAAAAUGCUGGUGAAUUAUGGCAACAGGUUAUUCUUUUUGCAGCUGAUAAACCUGCUUUUAUAUGUGCAUUACUACAAAAUGCAGGCUGUGAAGGUCUUGAUUCACGCUUACUACUACGUAAAAUAUCACCAGAUAUGACUAUACCAGGACUUCGUGAUGCAUUGAUCAAGCUUAUGCAUGAUUAUAAGAUUCAACUGGAACUGCAACAAAACUGUUCACGUAUUCUCUCUUCAGAUAUGCAUCAAUUAUUCUUACGUGUUAUUAAAAUGCAAAUGAAAGGAAUGCGUGUCAAUUCAAGCUAUCUAUCUAAUGCUGGAUGUAUCGUCUGUUUACAGCCUAUACUGAACAAUAGUAAUAAUAAUAGCAAUAACAAUAAUAAUACUAAUGCACAGUCAAGACGAAGAAUAAUCGAUCAAACAAAAAGUAAUGAUGGAUACAAACCACUACAACAACAAGAGGAGAAUUCUUAUCCUUGGGCUAUAUUUCAAUGCGGUCAUAUAUGCCAUGAAGAUUGUUUAGUUAACGGAGGCAUCAAGUGUCCAUCAUGCUCUAAAUCACGUAUAAUAUAAUCUGUAUAAAUCUACUAAUAAUAUUUAGUUAAUUAAACCCAAAUCCUGUGAUUCAUUUCUCCCCUCCCUUCCCCACCUCCCUUAUUUAUAUGUACACAAGAACU